UUGGGUUGUCAUGGAGCCGUUGGCUUCUUCCUUGCCACGCGAGGGCGCUGUCUCAAGCGCGCCUUCGUCCUGUCCUGCCUACGUCACCACAUUUCACCGAAUGCGAUGGAACAGCGUGGAGAAGCGUGAAGGUGGUCUCGGGAAACACUGAAGGAACUUAGGCAAGAUGAGGGACGCGGCUCUCCUGCUCACACCGUGCGUGCUCCUGUGUCUCUUCCUGAGCUCCAGCCAGGCCGCCAGACAAGGACAGGACAUGAGAUGUGGAGCCUGCAGGGCUCUGGUAGAUGAGAUGGAGUGGGCCAUCUCCCAGAUAGAUCCAAAGAAAAUGAUCCAGACAGGAUCCUUCAGGAUAAACCCGGACGGCAGCCAAUCCAUCAGAGAGGUUCCUCUGGCUCGCUCAGAGGGAAACCUCCUCGAGCUGAUGGAGAGUGUGUGUGACAGGAUGGAGGACUACGGCGAGCACACAGAUCCUUCAACAAACAGGAAGUCCUACAUUAGGAUAAAAUCUCGGAGCGGUGAGGCCAUGGACCUCUCUGAGGCCACGCUGGAUUCAAGAGUUACAGCCGGAUUAAAAUUUGCAUGUGAAACAAUUGUUGAGCAGCAUGAAGAUGAAGUCAUUGAAUUCUUCUCUCAUGAGACAGAAAACGUCAAAGACAAACUCUGCAGCAAGAGGACAGACCUCUGUGACCACGCUCUAAAAACGCCCCAUGACGAACUUUGAUAUCAUCUCUCCGGCCCUGCUGUCUCUCCUCAGCUGAAAUGGAGACGUUGGGUGCUGUAGUGUUUUGAGUUGUCACUUAUCGCCGGUUUAUGCCAUGGCAGCGGUGGAAGAUGUAUGCAACUUAUUAUGUAAAAUAAUAGAAAAUCCACCUGAAAAUAAAAGUGUUAUUCCUGUGAUCUGUGAGAAUUUAAGGACCAGUUUGCCAUUUUUUUUUUAGCCAUAUCUCUUUGGACUAUACUGUCGCCUAUUUAUAAACUGGAAGCUGUUGACUUCUCAGUAUUCUGUGUUUCAUACGAAGGCUCCUGUCUUUUACUCAAAUGUUAUUUACAAGAUAAAACUGAAAGUUAAGUCAGUCUUCUCAGCGCAUACAGGAUUUCUUACAGGAUUAAGUGUGUAUAUAACCAUUUUAAUUUAAGACAAGUACAUGGAGAUCAGGUUGACAUUUGGUCAAGUGGUCCUUAAGUUCUUAUUCAUGCACAAAGAAAAAUAAUCUCCAAAGGUUAGGUAGAAGAACGCUGAUGUGAUUAAUAAAUUAACAUCUGUACUCACAUAUUAAAGUGUCAUUUGAUUCUGAAUUACAUUUUUAGUUCUAGCGCGUUUAUAAUGCUCACCGAUAUUUACUGAACCUGAAAGAUCACAGGAAUAACAGAUGUCAGUGGUGUUCUUGUUUUUGGAUGAAUUUUCCUUUAGGCAAAACUGAGAAGUUACACAAAGGAACAUUAUGUGAGAUCAGAAUUGAAAAUGAUUUUAGAUUUGAGUGGGAUUAGUUUCACCGUUGUCCAAAUGAGAAAAUGUGCUUGUACAAAUGUUCAUCAAACAUCACCCUCUUCAAAGAUUGAUCAUCCUUCACCUUCAGCCUUGAUGUUGUUACUGUUGAUGUGAAAUUUAUUAUAGUUAAGAAAACUGGUCCAACAAAUUAAAUGGUGCUGUUUAGGGAGCAGGGUUAAUGCUUGAAAUGUCUUCAUGAGCUGAAGCGUUCAUGAAGUGCUUUUCAUGAACUGAUCACACAUUUACUACUAGAGAAAUUUGUAACUAAAGAUUAAAUGAAAGUUGCAGUUGCAAAAAUGUU